CAGACUAAGUUAGAUCUUUCGAUUAUUGUUGAUACCUCAGGAAGUAUUGACAUUGCAAACUUUGUUAAAGCUCAAAAAUUUUUAACAAACCUGGUUGAUUUUUUUAAUGUUGGACUAGAUGAAACAAGAAUUGCUUUGAUUAGCUAUUCUUAUCAUGUUUAUGUUGAAUUUCGGCUUAAUGAAAAGCAAAAUAAACCAGCUAUGAAGGAAGCUAUCAGUAAAGUAAAGUACCAGAGAUCAAUCACUUCAACAGGUGAUGCCUUAACAACUUUAGUGGAUAAGAUUUAUACUGAAAAAAGUGGCAUGAGAAGCGAUAAAUCUAUACCAAAGAUUGGAAUUUUAUUGACUGAUGGUUACUCAAAUGGUGAAAUUGAUGUCUAUUAUGCCGCAAAGCGUGUUAAGGAAGCUGGUAUUAGCAUGUUUGUUAUUGGAGUAUCUGCUAGUGUAUAUAUGCCUGAAAUACUAGCUAUUGCCAGUCCACCAGAAAAUCAGCAUUACAUUUUAAUUGACAGUUAUCUAGAUCUUUCUGGCUUCCUCAGUCAAAUUACUGCUGUUUCCUGUGAUGAAGGGGCUCAGCUGAGUCAAUGUGAUAGUAUAAAAACAGCUGUUGAUGGUGGAUCUUUUAAAUAUUUUCAAUCCAACUUCAAAGGAAUUAAACAAGGAAGUUACAAGCGUGUCUCUUUUGAGUUAGUUGAUAAGCAAGGAAUGUCUUUUAUUUACACUUCAACAAAGCUACGUAAUCCUGGGCCUUUGUCAGAAGAAAAAGAUGUAAACAAGAGUGAAAGCAACAUAUCACCUCGAAUAAUAUCAAUAGAUCUAUCUUCUGUUAAUGAAACUAUCAUUUACAUUGCUGUCCUAGGUCAAAAAGAUUACAAUGUGUUUGAAUUGAGUAUAUGGGAAUCAUUAUUUUCAACUGAUCAAAUCUUUGUUAACAUAUCAGAAAAUGAAAAUGCCGGACAGCAAGUUUUUGUUGUACAAACAAUAAAUAAUCCAAAAAGCUUUAACUAUAUGAUCAAAGAUGGUUUGAAUAGUGGUGACUUCCAAAUUGACAACAAUGGACAAAUAACAACAAAUAAAAGUCUUGACAGAGAAAAUAUAUCUAGUUAUAAGUUAAGUGUUAUAGCCGAAGAUAAAAAUGAUAAAUGUCACAAAGGUUUAAUAUCAAUUGUAAUAAAUGUUGAUGAUAAAAAUGACAACAAACCAGAAUUUGAAAAUCAAGAAUACAAAGUAGAACUAAGAGAAGAUACUCCAUUAAAUCAGUUUGUCAUACAGGUUCAAGCUACAGACAAAGAUAUUGGAAAAAAUGCUGAGCUGACUUAUGAACUAUCUGGCUCAAAUCAAGAUAUUUUUAAGAUUGAAAAAAAAACAGGUAUAAUUAGAACAAACAAAACUCUUGAUUAUGAAUCUAAAUCAAGUUAUACGAUUGAGUUAGUUGUUCGUGAUUCUGGUGCUAAUGUGCUGGUUGGAUAUGCCAAUCUAAUUGUAAGUGUGACUGAUGUGAAUGAGCCACCAGAGUUUCUAAAUUGUAAGAUACCAAGAAGUUGUGUUUUUAGUAUUGAUGAAAACCAACCAGAAAACUCAAUUGUUGGAACAAAUAUAACUGCUAUAGAUCCAGAUACAACUUCAUGUAACCUAAGUUACAGCAUUGUUUCUCUUGAUAAACAGUAUUUUAAAAUUACAGGUAACACAAUACAAACAAGAAUGUCUCUUGAUAGAGAAGCAAAAGAAAGUUAUUCUUUAGAAGUGUCUGUUAAAGAUUGUGGAAAACCCCCACUCUACACAUUCACAAUUAUUACCGUGGUUUUAAAUGAUUUAAAUGAUAAUAACCCAAAGUUCUCUGAACCUUCUUAUAAGUGUUUUGCUAAAGAAGACUUGCCUAAAAAUGCUACAUUGUGUGCAGUGACAGCAAAUGAUAUUGAUGCUGGGAUCAAUGCUAAAAUUAUUUUCAGUAUUUCCAGUUCUAAUGAAGGUAUACGUAUCAAUAGCAAUAAUGGAAUACUUACCUUGGAUAAUAGUUUAGACAGAGAAACAAAACCAGUUAUUGAAUUAGUAAUAACUGCUAUAGACCAAGGAACACCUUCGCUUCAUUCAUCAGUCAUCUUAAUAAUUGUUGUGGUUGAUGUCAAUGAUAACGCUCCAACAUUCAUUGGAAAUAGAAACCUUAGUAUUGAUGAAAAUGUUGAAACUAGAACGCUGGUUACCAAACUUAAUGCUGUAGAUAUUGAUGAAGGUCUAAAUGCCCAAGUUCGUUUUUUAAUCACUUCUGGUAAUACAGAUGGCAUGUUUACUAUCAACAAUCAAGGAGAGUUAGUUACUCAAAAGCAACCAGAUCGUGAAAACAUUGAUUUUUAUAGUCUUAAUAUAACUGUGCAUGAUUUGGGCGAUCCAUCUUUAUCAAAUACAGCUGUGUAUACAAUUCAAAUCAAUGAUCUUAAUGACAACAGUCCUGUUUUUGAUAGAUAUCGAUACAUUUUGACUGUUAAAGAAAACCAACUGGUCAACACCAUAAUUAUAAAGAUCAAUGCAACUGAUAUAGAUAUUGGUAUUAAUAAAGAGAUUACUUACAGAAUUUUGGGUGGAAACAAAGAAAAUGUUUUUUCUCUUGAUCCCAACAUUGGAAGUUUAACGUUAAUAGCUACUCUUAAAUUCAGAAAACAGAAAAAAUACACCCUGACUGUUGCUGCUACUGAUAAAGGAUCACCAUCAAGAUCUUUUAUAACUUUUAUUGAAAUUACUGUGGAAGAUACAAAUGAUUUUACACCAAUAUUUAUUGAUCAACCUUAUGUAAAGUCUUUAAAUGAGAAUGUAGAAAUUGGAACUAAUGUUUUGUUAAUCAAUGCUAAAGAUAAUGAUUUUGGUCUAAAUGGAGAUCUCACUUUUUCAUUAGAGAAUCUGCAAAGUCUACCAUUUGCUAUAAAUUCUAAAACAGGUUUAAUAAGUGGAGAAAUCAGAACCAACAGUUUAAUAGAUAGAGAAGUGUUAAACAACAUAAAAGCUACAAUCCAAGUGAAAGACAAUGGCAAAAAUCAAAGAGAAUCAAAGACUCUGUUGAGUGUUACAAUACUUGAUGAAAAUGACAAUAAACCAAAAUUUGAUUUUAUCAGCUACAACUUUAGUUUUGUUGAAGAGCAAAAUGCUGGAACAGAAGUUGGGAAAGUUUUUGUCACUGAUGAAGACAUGGGAAUCAAUAAAGAAAUUGUCUUUGAUGUAAUACAUACUGAUAGAUUUUGGGUUGAUAGCCUAGACAAUGGAAUAGGUAUUAUAAAGGCUAAAAAACUGAAUCGCGAAGAAAAAGACUUGUACAAGUUCAUAGUAAGAGCCUCUGAUAAAGGAACACCUCCUCUUUUUUCUUUAGUCAAUGUUGUUGUUACUAUUACAGAUAUAAAUGAUAACAUGCCAUUAAUUGAAGAUAAGAGAUAUCAAAUAAGUAUUAAAGAAACUGUAUCAUUUGCAACAUUUGUUCUUAAGAUUACUGCCUCUGACCUUGAUAUUGGUAAAAAUGGUCAAUUUGUUUACAAAAUUAAAAGCAGUCCAAACUCUCAUCAUUUUUUUAUUAAUUCAAGUACAGGUGUGAUCAUGACAGCUACAGCCUUAGAUUAUGAAACAGUUUCAUCUUAUAUUUUAAAUAUUGAAACUAUAGAUAAAGGGUCACCGCCUUUAUCUGACAGUGCAGUUGUUAACAUAAGUAUCAAUCAUGAGGACAACACAGCUCCAAAGUUUGAACAAGUAAAGGGUGUAUCUAUAUAUGAAGAUCUUGGUGUAAAUCAACCUGUCGUGCAGUUUAAUGCAAGUGAUGUUGACGGUUCAAACAUUACAUAUAAAAUUAUUGGAGGAAUUAAUGAGGAUACAUUUCAAAUUAACAAAGUCACAGGUUUAUUGUUUUUAAAAAAAAAUAUAGAUCAUGAGAAGAAAGAUUUUUACAACAUCAGUGUUGAAGCUUCCGAUGCAAGAAAAAAAGAGGUUAUAUACUUACCAGUAGAUGUCAUAGAUGUAAAUGAUAAUUAUCCUAUUUUUAAUCAAGCAUCAUAUUCUGGAAAUGUUGAAGAAGAGAGUGAUGAUUUUACAAGAGUCAUUGUUACUGUCAUAGCAUCUGACAAAGAUUCUAAUUUAAAUGCAGAAAUUGAAUACAAAAUUGUUUCUGGAAAUAAUAGUGUGUUUGAAAUAGACUCAAAAUUAGGUAUAUUGCGUUCCAAGAAAAAGUUGGAUCGUGAAGAAACAGAGACUUACAUAAUUGAAGUUGCAGCUGUAGAUAAAGGUACACCUUCUCUUUGCACAAGUGUUUUUAUCACUAUCAAUGUUGCUGAUAUUAAUGACAACUAUCCACAGUUUGAAAAUGAUGUUUAUAACAUUUCUGUCAAGGAAAAUUUAGGAGCUGGUCUCUUUUUAAUCCAGUUAAGAGCAUUUGAUAUUGACAAGAAUGAAAACGGAACAGUCGUUUACAGUAUUAAUGCAGAUUUUGAGAGUUUGUUUUCAAUCAAUGAAUCAACUGGACUGUUAUAUGCAUUGAUUAAUUUUGAUAGAGAGGAAAAAGAUUCUUAUACAAUCAAAGUGAAAGCUUUUGAUCAUGGUAUUCCAUCAAAAUCUAGUGAAACUUUAGUUAACAUCAUAGUUUUAGAUGUAAAUGAUAAUGCACCUGUAAUCCAAACAAAAACAUUACCUGCUGUAAAUGAAAGCGUUUCUAUAGGAACAAAUCUUUUUCAGAUCUUAGCAGAUGAUUCUGAUAUUGGUAUUAAUAAGGUUUUAGUUUUUAGCAUCACACCUGAUAUCUUUCGCAUUGAUAACAAUGGAAAUAUUUUUUUAAAUAGACCUUUAGAUCGUGAGCUUGUUUCUCAACAUAAUGUUUUUGUAAAGGUUGAAGAUACAGGUGAACCUAGACUUCAUACAAGUAUUAGUUAUAUUAUAGAUGUCACAGAUGAUAAUGAUAAUGCACCAGUAUUUUUAAACACUCCUUAUUAUGUUGACUUAGAAGAAAAUUUUCAAUCAAAAAAGUUAUUAUUUAAAGCCCAUGCUAAUGAUAUUGAUAUUGGAAUAAAUUCUCAAAUAGCUUAUAGUAUUCUUAACAACAAAGAAGUUUUUUCGAUCAAUGCUACUACGGGUGAUAUUUAUACCACGAAAGCUGUAGACUAUGAAACUGUACAAUCUUUUGUAUUAAAUAUUUCUGCUUCUGAUUGGAAGUUCACUACCUUUGCUACUGUUGUAGUUACUAUUAUUAAUCUUAAUGAUAAUUAUCCUCAAUUUGAGAUGUUUGAAUAUUUUGCUUCUAUACUUGAAAAUGCUACAAGAAAUAGUCUUGUUGUAAAUGUAAAUGCCAAUGAUCUUGAUGCAUUCGGAAAGCUUAGUUACAUUUUAUUUAAUACAACAGAUCUUCCUUUUAAAAUUGAGAGCGAAACAGGAAGUAUCAAAGUAUCAGAUAAUUUAGAUAGAGAGAAAAUUAGAAGUUAUUCCUUUAAAGUUAUUGUUUUUGACAGUGGCAAUCCAAAAUUACACAAUGAAACUAAUAUUGUAGUUAAAAUCUUAGAUGUCAACGACAACCGUCCUAAAUUUAAAUCAAAUGUAGAAGUUAUUUCUUUAAAAGAAAAUAAACCAGUAGGCACAUCAAUAUCUUUAUUAUCGCCCACGGCAUCUGACGAAGAUAUUGAAGAGAAUGCCAUUCUGCGAUACGAGGCUGUCCAAAGUAGUGAUGAUCUUUAUGUAGACUAUGUAACUGGUGAAAUAAAAACAUUGCGUAUUUUUGACAGAGAGUUUCAGUCAAGUAUAACUUUUAAUUAUAUUGCAUACGAUCUUGGAAAUCCUCAACUUGUUUCUGAAAAACGGGUAAUAGUUCUAAAUAUUGAAGAUGAGAAUGACAAUGCUCCAAUGUGGAUUACAAAUACAUCUCUAUCUAUUCUUGAAGAUUAUUCAAUUAAUACUCAAAUUUUUGUUAUGGAAGCCUUUGACAAUGACCUGGGACAGAAUGCUGAUAUAAACUAUUAUAUUAAAGACAAUUCAAUGUUUCAAAUUUCCUCUUCAGGUUCAGUUUCCUUAAGAAAAAGUUUGGAUCGGGAAACUAAAGACAUUUAUAAUUUGACAAUUUUUGCACGUGAUAAUGGAGACGUACCUCUUGAAAAUUUUAUUACUGUUAAUAUCACAGUUUUAGAUGUCAAUGACAAUUAUCCAAUUUUUAAUGAGGAUGAAUUGCAUGCAGAAAUAAAAGAGAACUGUAAAGGAAUAAGUGAUUUAGUGAAGCUUCAAGCAACAGAUCAAGAUAUUGGUAGUAAUGCACAGAUAUUGUACUCUCUUCAACAUGACUUAUUUUCGAUUGAUUCUAUAACUGGGCAAGUCAAAGUUCUUCGAGCACUAGAUCGUGAAGAAAUAAGUCAAUAUAAUAUUACAGUUGUUGCCAGAGACAAAGGGAAUCCGUCACUGCACACAGAAGCUUUUUUAAUUGUGUAUGUUUUAGAUAUGGAUGACAACUGUCCAGUAUUUACCUCGUCUUUUUAUAAAGAAACAAUUUUAGAAAAUCUACCAUAUGGAACGUUCAUUUUGCAAGUGACAGCUACUGACAAAGAUAUUGGGGCAAAUGCUGAUUUGAACUAUGGCAUUCUAGAGAGCAAUGAUCGUGGGGCAUUUAAAAUAGACUCUGUUUCAGGCUGGAUUACUGUUAUGACUUCAGAUAAAGUAGAUCGUGAGUUUUCAGAAGUAUAUCAUCUUUUAAUAAAAGCAGGCUCUACCUCAUGUGGAUAUACUGAAAGUGACAAUGUGGGUGAAGAGGGGGAAGUAAAAAAUAAUUACACAGUAGCAAAUGUCUAUAUUACUGUAACAGAUAUAAAUGAUAAUGCACCAAUAAUUUUAAAUGUUGAAAACAAAAUCUAUUAUGAAAAUGUUCUCACAACAGAUAUUGUUGUUGUGAAUGCAACUGAUAAGGAUUUAGGAAAAGGUGGAGAGAUUGAAUUUAGUAUAAUACGAAUUGACCAGAAAGUUGUUUCUAAUCAAGUUCAGAAUCAUGUGAUGGUAGGUGUAUCAGAUAAAGGUGAUAAACCUUUAUCAAGCAACGCCACUUUUAUUGUUAUCAACACUGUUACAUGUGAUGCUAUGUAUUUUUCUAUCACUGAAGUUGGUCUUUUGAAAGUAAGCAGUUUAUGCUCUGUGCAAAAUCAGAAUUCGCAAUCUGAGAUUGUAGUUUUGGUAAACAAUUCAGUUUCUUUGUCAUGCAUUGCAACUGGUAAUUCUCCUGUAAUCUAUCGAUGGUCAAAAGACGGAAGUCUUAUUUCUGGGUGGUCUAAUGAUGGUAAUAUAUCAUUGCCAUCAGUAAAACCUGAUUAUGAAGGAUCCUAUUCGUGCAUUGCAUCAAGUAAACCAGGAGUUAUUCAGUCAAAUGUGACAAAACUGUUAAUACAUGAAAAACCCUCCAUUCUGAAACAACCUACUAACGUUGUUGUAAACGAAAGGGAGACUGCUAUUUUAACAGUCAAGGCUACCGCAAAUCCACGUCCAACAUAUCAAUGGUUUAAAAAUGAUUUACCGAUAAAACAUGCAACUCAAGAUGAAUUUGUUUUGGAAUCAACAAUACCGGCGGAUUCUGCUACUUAUUUUUGUAAUAUUACAAACAACCAAGGACAAGUUCAGUCCGAAAAAGUAAAGAUAAACGUUGUUAAUCGGGAAAGCGUGGUUGAACUAAAUAUAAAGAUAUUAAAACCAAACAUUAAAAAUAUGUGUUUUGAUUUUUUCUUAGAAGAUUUUGAGGAGCAAGCUAAAGUUAUAUUAAAUCGACCACUGUUUGUUACAAACUUUCGAAAUACCGAUGACAUAAAAAAACUUUGUAACCGAACAGCUUGCAGUAAAAAUCCUUGCCGAAAUAAAGGUUUAUGCGAAAUCAUAGAUACCGGGUUUCAAUGUGUUUGCACAGACUCCUGGCAAGGUCAAACAUGCGAAGAAAACGUAAAUGAAUGUGCUCCGGAUUCGAACACUUGUAAUAAAGGAAAUUGCACUGAUCUAGUCGGUUCGUUUAGCUGUGCUUGUCCGCAAGGAAAGUCUGGAAAUCGGUGUCAAUAUAGUUCAAAUGCAUGCCAAAGUAACAAGUGUAUUGAAAAGAAUGAAGUUUGCGUACCUUCCAAAAGCAACCUUUUCCGGUGCAUCAAUAAAUCUAACAUAAUGACGCUGAUAUCAAAACCCAUUACGAAUUGGAGUCUUCAAACUCAAUACGAUUUGGAACUUUCUCUUAAUCGCAUAAUAAAGACAAUGAUCACGUCCGUACCUGCAGAUAGAAAACGGAAAAGGAAAGAUAUUUCUGUCGUGGAUUUCGGGCACUGCAUUGUACAUGUGAUAGAUCACGUUUUAGAAAAUGAUGAAUCAAAAGUGUUUUUUAUACUUGAUUGCACAAUUAGUAAGUUGGGUAGCAAUAAAUCGGCCAUCUUUUUUUUACCUGACGUUGUAAAAGAAUUUUGUUUGCAAUUACUUUCCAGCGACGAUGCUUUUAGUCAGUGCGGACAACUUGAUGAAUUUAUGCAUAAACCUGUAUUGCCAAAAAUGACGACAUUAAACGCCAACGUUCACUUUGUUAUAAAAGAUGACAACGAAAAAAUACUACCAGCUGAUAAAGCCAUUCAAAUCAUGACGGAAAAUGAUUUCGCUUAUCGUUUAGAAAAAUAUAAUUAUAAAGUUACAAGUUUUUGGAGUGCUCACGAUAAACCAAUACAAGAAAAAAAAGGACGAACUCUCAUGAUAGCUCUUUCCGCUUCCUGCGCUGUCGUUAUAUUAGCUGUUGUUUUUGUGUUUGUUUACCAACGCCGUUGCUUAAAAUCAAACGAUAAAAAUAACCAAUCAUCUAUAAUGUUUCAGCGAUCUAUGAUGGUGCCCAACGCUAGUACUUCUAAUCUUAUUCCUGAUUAUACAAGCAAAAGAAACAAGGUUUUUGAUGAAAAAAACGAAGUUGUUAAUGAUGAUGCAUUCAUGUCUGAAGUGCCGACUGAGCUUAUUUCAAAAAAAUAUUAAGAUUGAUGUAAAUUUGAACAAAUUUUGCUAAUUUUGUAAUUAUUUUUUAGUAUGAAAACGUUUUUUAGUAUGUAAAA